AUGCCGAUCAAGUCGCGAUGGACGGAGCCCAUUCCGAACUGCUCCCUUCAAAAAUGGAUCUUCGGCUCCUCCUUCGAGCCCAUCACCGAUCGCAAGGCCUUCUAUGAUGCCGAUCGCCCCGAUACCCAUUACCUGACUUUCUCCGACUACCGUCUCGUGGCCAAGCAGAUCGCCAUCGGCCUGCAAAAGGCCGGCCUCAAGCCCGGCGACCGCGUCCUCCUCUUUUCCGGCAACAACCUCUUCUUCCCCGUCCUCUUCAUCGGCGUCCUCAUGGCCGGCGGCAUCUUCACCGGCGCCAACCCGGGCUUCGUCUCCCGAGAGCUCGCCUACCAGCUCCGGGAUAGCGGCGCCACCUACAUGGUUGCCGCCGAGGGCAGCCUCGACGUGGCCCUCGACGCCGCCAAGGAGGUCCAGAUGCCCGCGAGCAACGUCUUCGUCUUCGACACCACGGUCCCGGGGUCCCCUCAGCCCGAGAAGCCCGCGCGCGGCGGCGCCCGCCACUGGACGGAGUUGAUCGCCCCGAGGGCGCAGGCCGAGAAGUUCGACUGGGUUGAGCCGUCGGACGCGCGGACGACGACGUGCUGUCUGAACUACAGCUCCGGCACGACGGGCGUGCCCAAGGGCGUCGAGAUUACGCACUACAGCUACGUCGCCAACGGGACUGGCGUCGUCAGUGUGUCCGCGUUGCAGGAAGACCACGAAGCCUUCAUCGCGCGCUCCGUCGGUCUCUGCUUCCUGCCGCUGUACCACGCCUACGCGCAGACGUACUUCGUCGCCAAUUUCGCCAAGCUGGGCAUCCCCGUGUACAUCAUGUCCGGGUUCGACUUCGUCAAGAUGCUCACGUACAUCCAAAAAUACCGCGUCAACCAGCUCGUCAGCGUGCCGCCCAUCUUGGUCGCCCUGACCAAGCACCCCAUCACCGCCAAGUUCGACCUGAGCAGUCUUGAAUCCGUCGGCUCCGGCGCCGCGCCCUUGGCCCCGGACGUGGCGAGACAGGCGGAGCAGCUGCUGAAGAAGCCCGACCUCAUCGUCCGCCAGGGCUGGGGCAUGACAGAGGUCACCUGUACAGCCAUGACGUGGGACCCCUCGCGUCUCGAGCGCAGUUCGUCGGUCGGCGAGCUGAUGCCCAACUACAUGGCGAAGCUGGUGGACGAGAGCGGCAAGGAGAUCACCGAACCCAAGGUGCCCGGCGAGCUCUUGGUUACGGGACCGACGGUGAUGCGCGGGUACUGGCGCAACCCCAAGGCGACCGCGGAGACGAUUGUCACGGAAUCGGAGGGCAACCGCUGGCUUCGCACCGGAGACAUCGCGUACGUCGACAAGCUGGAGACCGGCGGGCUCUUCUACAUCGUCGACCGUAAGAAGGAGCUCAUCAAGGUCAAGGGGAACCAGGUUGCCCCCGCCGAGCUUGAAGCUCUGCUCCUCGAGCGCCCGGACGUCGCUGAUGUCGCCGUCAUCGGCGUCACCAUCAACGGCGAGGAGUUCCCUCGGGCGUACAUCGUCCGGACGCCGGGCACCAACGCAACUGGUGAGGAAAUCGCGAAGUGGCUGGAGGAGAGGGUCUCAAAACACAAGCGCCUCAGGGGCGGAGUGGCAUUCACGGACGUGAUCCCCAAGAACCCAUCCGGGAAGAUCCUGCGAAAGGUCCUUAGAGAACAGGCAAAGAAGGAGGUGGGAGAUGAGCCGGUGGCCAAGCUUUAG